GGGUUGACGGACAGACAAGCGGGAGCACUCUGCCGCUGCCAGUGUUGCUCCACGGAAGCUCGCACCAGCCGCAGUGGAAGGGUCGGCUGUGCAGACAUGAUGGUGCGUGAACAGUAUGUUACCACUUUGAAUGAUACUGCUGUCCCAGCAACAGAAACUGAACACGUCUACAGGAUCGGCAUCUACGGCUGGAGGAAACGAUGCUUGUAUCUGUUUGUCCUCCUUCUCAUCAUCAUCCUGGUUGUGAACUUUGGCCUCACGAUCUGGAUCUUGAGAGUGACGUGGUUUAAUACAGGAGGCAUGGGAUAUCUCCAGGUGUCUGCAGACGGACUGAGGCUGGAGGGCGAGUCCGAAUUCCUCUUUCCCCUGUACGCCCAGGACAUCCACUCCCGGGAAGACUCAGCUCUGGUCAUGCACUCCAGUGAUAAUGUGACUCUCAAUGCUCGCAAUGCCAAUGGUGAUGUAACAGGAAGUGUAUCUGUAGGUCCAGGACAAGCAAAGGCCUUUGGACAGCACUUCACCGUCAGCUCAAGCAGUGAUAGCGCUCUGUUUUAUGCUGAUUCCAAAGAAGCAAUUGUGGGGACAGGCAAGCUCAGAAUUACAGGUCCUGAAGGCGCACUAUUUGAACACUCUGUUGAAACCCCCCUGGUCAAAGGAGAGGCUCUCAAACAACUUAGGCUGGAGUCUCCGACCAGGUUCCUGACCAUGGAAGGUCCUAAGGGCGUUCUCAUCAAAGCAGCCGCAGGCGCGGAGGCCAAGUCGAGUCUGGAUGUUAUUUUACACUCAACCGAGGGGCUCCUGGUUUUAGAUGCGGAGACCGUUCGACUUCCUUUCUUACCGCUUGGAGAGGCUGGAACAUCAGCGGACUCUCAGGGAGUCUACAACAUGUUCGAGGUGUGCGUGUGCCCCAGCGGCAAGCUGUUUCUGUCCAGAGCCGGCGUGACCUCCACCUGCAGCGGGAGUCAAGAAUGCUGAAGUGUGCAUCACGCUCAAGGCAGCCACAUACAGGCUAGAAAGGAAAGGGGGACGGAUUCCCUUGAGAGGUUUUUUGUUGUUGUUGUUGUUGUUGUUGUUUUUAUUUCUCAGGUGGAUUGAAAAAGCACAAAUUUCACAUUUCAGUGAUUUUAGACAAAGAGAGUGAAAGCACACCGUUGUCAGGCGCUAAGGUUUUCACCGGGCUCCAUGCGCCGUGGUUUGUGUCCUGAGUACUUUAUGUACACGGAGUUAUUCACAGCCGGUUUGAAACACCACCGGUGUUUUGAGGUGGUUUGGGCGAUUUCAUAAUUUUCUUUUUCAUUACCUUUUAGAAAAUGAGGCUGGGCACGAAGGGGCUGGUUGACAGCGCACAUCCUAUGCAAUAUGAAUUAAAGGUGCAAUAAGCAAAAUUUGUGUAAACUUGUGUAGCUGAAAACUACUCAGCAGUAAAAGUCUUUUUUUAAUGCCAUCUCAAACAAGUCGGCUGACAGCUGUCUGUGUCGGUGGCACAAGCAGCAAACGAGCAGCCUGUUAAGUCAACGCUUGACAAAAGAAAUUACUGAACCAUGCAGCACUUGCAUUUUUAAUAGUGUACUGUGUUACUGAUGUUAUUCAACUGAUUUGCAAUACAUGGUGUGAAAAAUUCUUUUUAAGGCUAGACUGAAUGCAAUAUAUCUCCAUUGGCAUCAGUCUGCAGCUUCAACCUUUUUUCUAGUAUUUUUUAUUGCAAAAUUACAUGUAAAUUGACCAGGGUCAAGAUCAAAGGCAAUGACUUGAUAAACAUUCUGAAAUCAGUUUUGCUGUGGCUUUGUGAGAAGCUAGUUGGACUGCAUAUGAACAUCGGGUGCAGUGCUACAGGGCCUAGGAAACUCCAACCAGCCCACGUAUUUGUGGUUUUCUGAUUCACUUGACAAACUUUGAAAUCUUCCUCUGUGUUCAGUUAGGGAGUGUGAAGCUGCAUGUCCAGUAAUUGCGCUGCCUGAAAACUGAUGCAUGUUCAUUUAAAACAGCCCAAGGAUCUCAUUCCAGAAACACCCUGGUUAGUGUGGUUUUGUCAUGUACCAACUGUACCGAGAAUAAAAAGAUAUACCAUGUGAUGUUUGUAUAUGUUAAUAAAUAAGGUGUUUGUGGUCUUUA